CCAGCUCACUUUUUCUCUUCUAGGAUCCCAAUUCCAACGCUCUCUCUAUGACUUUCCAUCAUCAUCAUCCUCUAAUUAAGUUCAGAAAGCAACAAAUCUCAUUCACUUUAAUCAUUUGAAAGAAACCAAUCUCAUUCAUGUCUCAAACCCACAACAAUCUUUCACUCCAAUCUCUCUCUCUCUCUCUCUCUCUCUCUCUCUCUCUCUCUCUCUCUCUCUCGGCCAUGAAAUUUGCAAAAGCCAUGAAAAAGCUCAAGUUCUGGUCAAGAAAGAACAAGAAAAAGAAGAAAACCACCACGCACAUCACCAAUCACCACCACCCUCCUCCACCACUACCACCACCAUGCCACCACUGCCACUCAUGGCUCCCUGCCCCGGUCCAGCCCUCGGCCCCGCCAUUGCCACCAUGGUUCGAGUACGAUCAGACCCACAACACCUUCUCAGCAUCAGCAAUUGGUUCUAGUCAAUCUGAAUUCACCCAACAAGAAAUUGUUCCUGAGCUGAAUUCAAUGUAUUCAACCUCAACUGUAGUGCCUGUUGGCAAUGGGAACACAUCUUAUCAACAAUAUAUGGUUCCGAAUCCGGUGUAUGGGGUCCCUGUUGUGCCUGCUGCUAGGAAAGAGAAAGCCACCGGAUUUUUCGGGUGUGUUUUUAACAUCGGUAGACAUUUGAUCCGAUGCUUUUGUCCGUGUUUCCACAUCCGGGAAGUGGAUUAGAGCAAGAUGGAGCAUUUUCAUCGUAUGUUCAAUAAUGCAACGUGCAUAGAAAAGCAUACAGAAAUAC